AAUCAGCGCGUUUCUGAUACAUAAAGCUAUUUGCAUGAUUUGAUCGGCAUACCCGGGUUCGGAUCACGUAGGUACUUCCUGGAAGACUUUAAAAAAAUGGCAUCUCUGACAGCAGCAAACACCAGUUUCUCCCUCAACCUGUUCAAGAAGAUCAGAGAGAACAAUAAGACAGGCAAUGUGUUCUAUUCUCCUCUGAGUAUCUCCUCAGCAUUGGCCAUGGUCUAUCUGGGUGCUGAGGGAAACACUGCAGCUCAAAUGUCUGAGGUCCUGAGCUUUACCAAAGACAAGUCUAAAGCUCCAAUGCUCCAGCAAGUGCAGCAAGUACAGAAACUCCAGCUACCUGUGGCUUUGAUGAAGUCUUUGCACCUGAACAAAGCUGAAGAGGACAUUCAUGUGGGCUUCAGCAACCUCUUUAGUGAGCUAAACAAAGAGGGAGCACCAUAUACCCUGAGCCUGGCCAAUCGCCUGUAUGGAGAGCAGUCCUACCAGUUUGUCAAGAAAUUUCUGAAUGACACCAAAACACAUUACCGGGCUGAACUGGAGGCUGUGGAUUUCAAAUCAAAUGCAGAGGCUGCCCGCAAAAACAUAAACGCCUGGGUACAGAAACAAACACAAGACAGAAUCAAGGACCUGUUGGCUGAGGGAGUGGUUGAUGAGCUGACAAAACUGGUCUUGGUCAAUGCCAUCUACUUCAAGGGUUCCUGGGCAAGGAAGUUUGCAGAGAGUUCCACUGUACAAGUUCCUUUCAGACUGAAUAAGAAUGAGACCAAAAAGGUGAAGAUGAUGCAUCAGAAAGCUAAAUUCCCUUUGGCCUACAUCCCUUCACUGAACAUGCAGAUUCUGGAACUUCCUUAUAAAGGCAAAGACCUGAGCAUGCUCAUUAUGCUCCCAAACGAACUGACUGACAACACCACUGGCCUUGAGAAGCUGGAGCAGGAGCUCACCUAUGAGAACUUUGUCGAGUGGACGAGGCCUGAUAUGAUGGACACACUGGAGGUGCAGGUGGGCCUGCCCAGGUUCAAGUUGGAGGAGACAUAUGACAUGAAACGUCUCCUGAUCAGCAUGGGCAUGGUGGAUGCCUUUGACCAGGAUAAGUGUAACUUCUCAGGAAUAUCACCCAACGAUGAUUUGGUGCUGUCCAAGGUGGUGCACAAGUCCUUUGUUGAGGUGAAUGAGGAGGGCACAGAGGCUGCUGCCGUAACUGCGGCUGUAAUGAUGGUACGAUGUGCCCUUCCACGUCACAAAAACUUUAUUGCAGAUCACCCUUUCCUCUUUUUCAUCCGACACAACCCCACUCAGAGCAUCCUUUUCUGUGGCCGCUACAGUUCUCCUUAAUCCUCACCUGCUGCUGUAGCAUUCCACUCUCUGCUGACAGACCCAAUUAAGAUAUAUCAGUGUAUGUUUAAAAUGUUUGUUGCUCAUGUAAGAAAAGUGCUGAUUGACUCUUUAAUGACAUGGAAAUGCUUGUUAGAAGACAGAUCAGUUUAGUCACUAAAAGAGUUUAAUGCCACAUUUAGAGUGCCCUCCAUGACUUUAUGCUUGAGCCUAUAUACUGGUUUAAUACUCUGUGCUGUUUUCAAUAAUGUUAGAAACAGAAGUGAAGUACUUUCUCAUAACUCUCAUAACAGUCUCAUAAGAAAAAUGAGCAAUUUUAUGACACACAAUUUGCACUUGAACAAAUGAUUAUAUAAAAAUAAAAGACACUGAUCAUUAAA